CAAAUUGAAAGUAGAGAGAUAUAGAGAGAGAAUGAGAAGCGAUCAAGUAAGAUUGAACAAUGGCAUCACUAUACCAUUACUUGGUAUGGGAACUUACUCUUUCGAAAAUCAUAGCAAAUCUACUGAGCAUGCCGUCCAACUCGCCCUUAAGACGGGAUACAGGCACUUCGACACUGCACGCAUAUACGGCUCGGAGGCAGCCUUAGGCAACGCGUUGAGCGACGCAAUCUCAACCGGCGUCGUUCAGAGAGAAGAUGUGUUCGUUACAUCUAAACUGUGGGGAAGCCACCACCACGAUCCAGUUUCAGCACUUCAAAAAACUCUCACGAUCAUGGGAAUGGAAUACAUCGACAUGUAUCUAGUACACUGGCCCGUGCGAUUGAAGUCGUGGGUGUGUGACCCUAUACCCAAGGAAGACGAAUUCGAACAAUUAUGUCUGGAUGUGACGUGGGCGGGCAUGGAGAAAUGCUUGGACAUGGGCUUGUGUAGGGGCAUCGGCGUCAGCAAUUUCUCUUCCAAAAAACUACAAAAUCUUUUGGAUUUUGCAUCCGUGCCUCCUGCGGUCAAUCAGGUGGAAAUGCACCCUAUGUGGAGGCAGAAUAAGCUGAGAGAUUUCUGCAGCGACCACAACAUCCACGUCAGCGCAUAUUCUCCUCUUGGAGGGCCAGGGAAUCUCUGGGGAUCAACGGCCGUGAUUGAAAGCCCAUUAAUAAAAUCAAUGGCUCUCAAACACAGGGCAACGCCAGCUCAGAUCGCUCUGAGCUGGGGUUUGUUGAAGGGAGCGAGCGUGAUCGUGAAGAGCUUUAAUCAAGAGAGGUUGAAGGAGAACAAGGGAGCUCUUGAUCUCAAGCUAGAAUACGAUGAAAUACUCGAAAUCGACUCGAAAAUGAAAGAGAUGAAGAUCAUGAGAGGGGAAGUAUUUGUGAAUCAAGCAACGAGCCCUUACAAAACCAUUCAAGAAUUGUGGGAUUAUGAGAUUUGAUUUUUUGCUUGUAUGCAUUUUGCUAAAUCUGCAAUGCAUAUGUAGUGGGGGGCUUCAGCACCCCCGAUCAAUGCAUUUCACCUUAUAUGUACUAAUAUUUUAUUCAAUAUUUUUUAUUUUAUCUCUCUCAUACUAUUAUUUUUCU